AAGCUCACGACAUCGCGAAUCCACGCUCCACCCCAACAUGGCCAACAGAGGCUAUGACGUUGUUGUCGACGUCGACCAGGAGGGCGACCUAGGCCACACCGACCUGCAGGAGGACCUCGAAUUCCACAGCUCCAACUUCGAAAACACACCCUCCACGCGCACCAAGAUUCAGCCCGACGCCAACACCGCCGGCUUCCUCCCCACGCCCGCCUCCAGCUCCUCCUCGCGCAAACACUACCUCUGGACGCUCUCCUUCUACGCGCAAGCCUUCGAUGUCGACACCGCCGAAGUCCUGCGCCGCUGCACCGCGACCCUAUACCCGCGCGCAAACUUCCUCGACGUGCUCGAGGGCAACCCCGACCUGUACGGCCCUGUCUGGGUCGCGACCACCGUCGUCGUCAUCCUCUUUCUCACGGGCACGAUAAAUCAGUACCUCGCAAGCGAGGGUAAGCAGCACUUCGCGUAUGAUUUUAAACUGCUGAGUGGUGCCGCGGGGCUGGUGUAUGGAUAUACGGGGGUUGUGCCGUCAGGCUUGUGGGCGGUGCUCAAGUGGUAUGGGAGCGAGAGUGCGAACUUGAUGGAGUGUGUUUGUCUUUAUGGGUACGCGAAUUUGGUGUGGAUACCCGUGGCAGUGGCGAGUAUAAGCACGAUUAACAUCCUCAACUUCAUAUUCGUCGCGCUCGGAUUCGCGGCAAGCGUUUUCUUCCUUCUGCGCAACUUGUACCCCGUACUCAGCUCGACCGAGGCCAAGACGAGCAAGAUCCUGCUUAUCGUCGUGCUCGUCUUGCACGCGGGCUUUGCGAUCGCGAUCAAAGUCCUGUUCUUCGCGGCGACGAGUCCGGUGGGUCCGAAGGACGGGAAGGAGGCUGGUGGCGAUGGUACCGGCGAGAAGAAGGGGGGUUUGUUGAGGAUGCUGCUGCGGAUGUGAGAGGUGUUGUGGGCUCGAAGAGUGCAGUGAUUGGAGAAGACUUGGGCAUUGGGGUUUUAGUCGAGUGUAUGAGUACAUUUUGAAAUGGCAUAUGCGGUGUAUAGAGGAUAUGGAUACCAAUUGAGCGUUACAUGCACAUCAAACACAUACUCUCUUCAUAGCGCAUGCUCCACACCACUGGAACAAUUCACAUUCAGG